UUGGGACAGCGAUCACCGUACUGAACGAGUAUAGACCGAACGGUGAUGAGUCGAGAAACCAAGAUGGCUGACAGUGUCAGUUGUUGUGCGUUUGAGUGAUAAUGUAAAAUGUGUUUUAUUAAGUUUGAAAUUGGUUAGAUAUGAGAAACGCUUGAUUAUAAGUGGGAUAUAUACUGGUGCAUUUAAAAUUAGUGAAUUUUUUUUAUUGUGUUAUUCAGUGAUAUUGAAAUGGCAACUGAUAAGAUCAAAGUGGCUGUGAGAGUACGUCCUUUCAACAGAAGGGAAUUAGAACUUGGGACGCAAUGUGUUGUAACUGUAGAAGAGCGGCAGACAAUCUUGCAUCACCCGUCGGCACUCGACAAAAUAGACAGGAAACAACCAAAGACGUUUGCUUUCGACCACUGUUUUGCUUCUUUGGAUCCGUCGGCGCCCAACUUUGCGUCACAAGACCAUGUAUUCGACUGUCUCGGACGCGACAUUCUGGACAAUGCCUUCCAAGGAUACAAUGCAUGCAUUUUCGCCUACGGACAGACGGGGUCGGGAAAGUCCUAUACAAUGAUGGGCGGUCAAGAUUGCAAAGGAAUAAUACCUAAGCUUUGCGAUACAUUGUUUGCAAUUAUUGCUGCACAACAAACUCCAGAACUAUCCUAUAAAGUUGAAGUGUCUUAUAUGGAAAUAUACAACGAGAAGGUGCACGAUCUACUAGAUCCUCAGACGAAUAAACAAUCAUUAAAGGUCAGAGAGCACAAUGUGAUGGGACCCUAUGUUGAUGGUCUCUCACAACUAGCUGUCACGUCGUUUGAGGAUAUCAAUAACUUGAUGACAGAAGGCAACAAAUCUCGAACAGUAGCCGCUACCAACAUGAACAGUGAGUCGUCUCGUUCUCAUGCUGUAUUUUCUGUGGUUUUGACACAGACGCUUACCGAUACUGCGUCUGGGGUCAGCGGCGAAAAGGUAUCCAGGAUGAGCUUAGUUGAUUUAGCUGGCAGUGAACGUGCCGUUAAAACAGGCGCUGUAGGCGACAGAUUGAAAGAAGGCAGUAACAUUAAUAAAUCACUCACUACGCUUGGAUUAGUCAUAUCAAAAUUAGCAGAUCAAUCUUGUGGUGGAAGUAAUAGCAAAAACCGGGAUAAAUUUGUUCCAUACCGAGACUCUGUACUCACUUGGUUGCUGAAAGAUAAUCUAGGUGGUAAUAGUAAAACUGUGAUGGUAGCUACAAUUUCUCCUGCAGCUGAUAACUAUGAAGAAACUUUGUCAACGUUAAGAUAUGCUGACAGAGCGAAGAGAAUAGUUAAUCAUGCUGUUGUAAAUGAAGAUCCUAAUGCAAGAAUUAUAAGGGAACUGCGACAAGAAGUAGAAACACUGAAAGAAAUGUUGAAACAUGCAACAGGUUCACCAGUUGGAGAUACUCAACGAGUAGAUAUACAUGAGAAAUUAGCAGAAAGUGAAAAUCUUAUGAAGGAAAUGUCACAAACGUGGGAAGAGAAACUAGUCAAAACAGAACGAAUACAAAAUGAAAGACAGCAAGCAUUGGAAAAAAUGGGUAUUAGUGUCCAAGCAAGUGGUAUUAAAGUUGAGAAAAAUAAAUACUAUCUGGUAAAUUUAAAUGCUGAUCCAUCUCUAAAUGAGCUUUUAGUAUAUUAUUUGAAGGAAAGAACCUUAGUUGGUAGCCAAGGUUCACCGUCCCAGCCUGACAUUCAACUUUCUGGCCUUGGCAUUCAACCACAGCAUUGCAUUGUAGUUAUUGAAGAUGGAUGUUUGUUUCUAGAACCAUUGGCAAAUGCUAGAUCAUUUGUGAAUGGAUCUCCAGCUGUUGAGAGAACUGCCUUGCAUAAUGGUGAUAGAAUAUUAUGGGGAAAUCAUCAUUUUUUCAGAGUGAACUGCCCAAAAGCUGUUUCAUCAGAAGUACAAACACCAGCACAACUUAUAGAUUAUAAUUUUGCAAGAGAAGAAUUAAUGCUAAAUGAAUUAUCAAACGAUCCUAUUCAAGCUGCAAUAUCUAGAUUAGAAAAACAACAUGAAGACGACAAACAAGUUGCACUUGAAAAACAGAGACAAGAAUAUGAGAAACAUUUUCAACAGUUGAAGAACAUGUUAUCACCAACAACACCAUAUGGACCUUAUACAUAUGAUCCUUUUAGGCAAGGAAAAAUGACACCAGGUACGCCAACAAGCCAAAUGAGAGUUGAGAAAUGGGCGAAGGAGCGCGAUGAGAUGUUCAGAAGAAGUUUAGGACAAUUAAAAGACGAUAUUCUUAAAGCAAAUUCAUUAGUGCAAGAAGCAAAUUUUCUUGCUGAGGAAAUGGAAAGAAAAACCAAGUUCAGUGUAACUCUUCAAAUACCACCUGCAAAUUUAAGCCCCAACCGACGGAGAGGAGCAUUUGUUAGUGAACCUGCUAUUUUGGUCCGACGAUCAACGGGUAGUCAGGUGUGGAGCAUGGAGAAGCUAGAAAAUAAACUUAUUGACAUGAGAGAAAUAUAUGAAGAAAGCAAGGACAAGAAUGCCAAUUCUAUAGAUAUCACGCCAAUAAAUAGACUGGAUCCAUUUUAUGAGUCACAAGAAAAUCAUAAUUUAAUUGGAGUUGCUAAUAUUUUUCUUGAAGUUUUAUUUCACAAUGUUCGCUUAAAUUAUUCCACACCUAUUAUUAGUCAACAAGGCGAAGUAGCCGGUAGACUACAAGUUGAAUUAUCCCGAAUUGCUGGUACAUUUCCACAAGAUAGAAUAUGUGAGGCUGCCUCAGAUAGCUCUAAUGACAGUCAUUAUGAUGACUAUGACUGCUCAGAUCCUACCUCAUCUCAGGUCACAUGCCGCAUCAGUAUUAAACAAGCAACUGGUUUACCCUUAUCUUUGUCAAAUUUUGUAUUUUGUCAGUAUUCAUUUUGGGGUUACCCGGAUCCUACAGUUGUUCCACCAAAAGUGGAAAAUGGAUCCAGCAAUAAUCAUGGCCAACAUGUUACUUUUAAAUUUGAUCAUACACAAGACUAUACCGUUACAAUCACUGAAGAGUUCCUAGAGCAUUGUGCUGAAGGUGCACUAUCGAUAGAAGUUUGGGGCCACAGAUCGGCGGGAUUUUCUCGUUCCAUUGGUGGUUGGGAAGUCGAACAACAGCAGCUAGCUCAGGCCCGUUCUCUCGUUGAUCGCUGGUCAGAACUAACACGAAAAAUUGAACUUUGGGUCGAAAUCCAAGAACUUAAUGACAAUGGACAUUAUGCUCCUGUUGAGGUACUCAGUAAACCAGGAGUAAUUACGGGCGGCGUAUAUCAGUUGCGCCAAGGCCAACAGCGUCGCGUGCAGGUGCUGGUUCGACCUGUACAGAAUUCAGGCACAUUACCGAUCAUUUGUCAAAGUAUCGUGGAUAUUGCGAUGGGUAGUGUAAUUGUACGAUCACGUCUUCAAAGACCAUUAGACAGCUAUCAAGAGGAGGAUUUGGCAGUACUGAGAGAAAAGUGGACCGAGGCGCUGGAGAGGCGUAAACAGUAUCUCAACUCUCAAAUACAAAAGAUUGAUAAGAAAGGAGAAGAAAAAACGGAACAGGACAAGGAAAGAGAAGCAAGUUUAAUUCAACAGUGGAUGACUUUGACUGAAGAACGAAACACCGUGAUGGUUCCUGCUGCUGGUUCUGGUAUUCCAGGUGCCCUCGCUGCUUGGGAUCCUCCCCCCGGGAUGGAACAACACAUACCAGUACUCUUUCUUGAUUUAAAUGCGGAUGAUUUAUCAUCGUCUAAAAUGACAGGAGGAGAGUUUGUGACAGUCUGUGGUGAAAAUUCAAUUCUGCCAAAAGAACACGGAAAUAAAUUUUAUCAACUUCAGAUUUUGCAUGAAAAGGACGUUUGCGCAGUUGCGGCUUGGGAUUCAUCUAUGCAUGACAGUCAGGCGCUAAACAAAGUUACUGAUGCAACUGAACAGGUGUACUUAAUAUUGCGGACAAAAGUGCGUCUCUCACAUCCAGCGCCAAUGGAAUUAGUACUUAGAAAACGCUUGGCUUUGAAUAUUUAUAAGAAGCAAAGCUUAACUGAGAGAUUUCGUAGGCGGCUUGCAAGGACUGAAGGUACAACGCAAUCAGGUGUAACAUAUGAGGUUGUAUCAAAUGUCCCAAAAGCUUCUGAAGAAUUGGAGGAUCGUGAAUCUUUGGCACAAAUUGCUGCAAGCGGUGAUAAUUGCUCUUCAAGCGACGGUGAAACGUAUAUAGAGAAAUAUACACGUGGUGUAAGUGCCGUGGAAAGUAUUUUGACAUUAGACCGUUUGAGACAAAGUGUGGCUGUUAAAGAACUUCAACAAGCUCAAGUUCAGCCUAUGAUGAGAAAGACGGCAAGCGUUCCUAAUUUUUCACAGAUGAUGCACUUUGAUACUAGCAUGGAGUCCUUGAUUGGUUUUGGUCGUUCAGAAAGUGUUGCCGAUUUGAAUUCUGAGUUAGUUGGGCACCUUCUGCAGCAACAAACAGGAUCAACUGGUUCUACAGCAGCUAGUGCUAGGUCGCGCACUGAUUCACGCAACCGACACAGUUUUGCUGGCAAAGGCUACAAUGAUAUUAGCGAGCUCACGGCGGCUAACAAAUCUUUCGGCCUAGCUUCGCCUGCUAGUAACAAAAUGUCAUUACGUAUGACAACCUUGCAUGAGGAACCACAGCGUUUAGGGGCAGUACCUCUUGAAGAAGAUGAACAUGCAGAAUCAGCAGAAAGCCACAGCGAUCCGGAACUUGCUGAAUAUGAUUCAUAUCACGAUUACAGCAAUAAUAUUAAAGACAAUGUGAACAGACAUCGAAUCAGUUCCUCGCGUACUUUGGACUCCCUGGCCGAAUUGAGCGGUUCGAGCAGCGGUAUGUGCAAGUUUAGCAAUAGUUUUGGUACUCCGUCCACAAGUUCUAGCGGGUAUGGUUCUGAAGCCGUAUCCUCUUCUAAUCUAACCAAUGACGACAUACUUUCUUUGCGCAGUAUGAGUAUUGACGAAACUCCCGACUUAGACUCUAAGCAAAAUACGACCGGAGGUGUCACACCUUAUACGCCCGGUUCACAAAAACCGCGAGUUAAUCCUUUUCUCAAACAUUUAGGUCACGAGAAUUUCACUUCUGUUGAUUCAGCUCUGCAAGAUGCGAAGAACGAAAUCCAGCCUGCGUUGACGGAGCUAUCUUCCCAAGAAGAAUCCUACUUAAAUUAUACUGAUGACGUUAAGUCAAACAUGCAACCUGGAAGAGUAGUAAGACGCAAAAAAUCAACUGGAAAGAAUGCCACGCUUGCAUCGCAUAGAAACAGUUUCCCCGCUUCCAAAAACUCGGAAAAAACAACAAAGAAAAUUGUUCAUGAAUUGAGUGCAACGGAAUCCGCCGACACUGAUUCAUCUUCUGAAAAAUUAGAAGAUGAGAAUGAUGUUUCCAUAUUUGGUUCUCGUACGGACAUGUCGCAAUCGUACGCACCACCUACUCCAGAUUGGGUCGUGGUAGGAGAAAGUGUCCUGAUCAGACCAUACAAUACUUCGGGUGUGAUUGCGUUUGUUGGUAGCACGCAUUUUCAACCAGGAACCUGGGUCGGUGUGGCUCUAGAUACUCCAACUGGUAAAAAUGACGGCAUGGUGCAAGGUAUACAAUAUUUUUCCUGCAAACCUAAGCACGGUAUAUUUGUAAGAGCAGAAAAACUUAUACAAGACCGAAGAGGACGAUUAAUGCGCUCAUAUAAAGCAGAAUCUACUGAAAGACACGAAUGUCACAGUAAUGGCAUGAAGAGAAGUCUUAGCAGAGGUGAAGGAUUAUCAUCUAUGCAUCGAUCGCGCAGUCGGGGAGAGAGUUUGAACACUGUCGGAAUGAUUCGUUCAUCGCAAAAAAAAUAGAUGUUGACAAGUUAGCAUUCUUGGCAGUCUUAAAUUAGUACACAUUCCUUAAUUAAUUAACAAUAAUUAAUGAUUUACUUUAAAUAUUAGAAAUAAAAAUAAAUAUCUAGAUUUGGAAUGAAAAAAAAAAUAGUAAAUCUCACCAAUUCUUGAUGUGACAACAAUUU